UUUUUGGCUCGAAACUGUGGUUUCUCCCACGAUUUCCAGCCAUGGACAUGCGAUUCCCUUACUCCCCGGCCAACGUCGCCAAGGUCGGCGCCGUACAGUUCGGGAUCCUCAGCCCCGAAGAAAUUCGGCAUAUGUCGGUGGUGCAGAUCGUGCAUGGCGCGACGACGGAGCGGGGGAAGCCCAAGCUCGGGGGGCUCAGCGACCCGCGACUCGGGACGGUGAACCGGAGGAUGAGCUGCGAGACCUGCAAGGGCAACAUGGCGGAGUGCCCCGGCCACUUCGGCCACCUCGAGCUUGCCAAGCCCAUGUUCCACAUCGGGUUCCUCAAGACGGUGCUACUUAUCACGCGCUGCGUCUGCUUCAAUUGCUCCAAGAUCCUCGUCGAUGAGGAUGAUCCCAAGUUCAAGGAAGCCCUGAAAAUUCGGAACCCGAAAAAUAGGUUGCAGAGAAUAUAUGUUGCCUGUAAAAGCAAGAAGAAAUGCUCUGGUGGUGAUGAUAUCGGUCUCCGGCGUCAACAAGAUUCACGAGGACCAACAGAGAAGAGCCGGGUCGGGUGUGGUGCCCGGCAGCCAAUUAUAACCAUAGAUGGCUUGAAGAUGGUCGCUGAAUAUAAAGACUCAAAAAGGAAAUCGGAUGAACAAGAAGACCGUCUCGAACCAUCUGAACGAAAACAAGUCCUGUCUGCCGAGACGGUUCUCAGCGUUCUCGAGAGGAUAAGCGAUGAGGAUUGUCUGCUACUAGGUCUCGAUCCUAAAUAUGCCCGUCCAGAUUGGAUGAUAUUGCAAGUCCUUCCGGUUCCUCCGCCUCCCGUGAGACCUUCCGUGAUGAUGGAUUCGUCCUUGAGGAGCGAGGACGAUUUGACUCAUCAGUUGGCAAUGAUAAUUAGGCAUAACGAGAAUUUGAGGCAGCAGGAAAGGAGCGGAGCUCCUGCUCACUUCAUCUCGGAGCUUGCCCAAGUGUUGCAAUUUCACGUCGCCACUUACUUUGAUAAUGAGCUUCCGGGUCAGCCAACAGCGACGCAUCGGUCAGGGCGACCCAUCAAAUCUAUUUGCAGUAGACUGAAGGGUAAAGGCGGUCGAAUCAGAGGUAAUUUGAUGGGAAAGCGCGUCAACUUUUCCGCACGAACGGUCAUCACGCCGGACCCGACGAUUAACAUCGACGAACUGGGCGUUCCUUGGAGCAUAGCUUCGAACCUCACGUACCCGGAAACUGUGACCGCAUACAACAUCGAGAGACUGAGGGAACUCGUGGAAAACGGUCCGCAUCCUCCUCCUGGAACGCCCGGCGCAAAUUACAUUAUCCGGGACGACGGUCAAAGGCUCGAUCUUCGAUACGUGAAGAAAAGCAGCGAUCGCCAUUUGGAGCUCGGAUACAAGGUUGAACGCCAUUUACGUGACGGCGACUACGUUCUCUUCAACCGGCAGCCGAGUCUCCACAAGAUGUCCAUCAUGGGUCACCGGAUAAAACUUAUGCCUCACUCCACUUUUCGCCUGAAUCUUUGUGUCACCACGCCAUAUAAUGCUGACUUUGAUGGAGAUGAAAUGAACAUGCAUGUUCCCCAGUCUUUGGAAACCAGAGCAGAAGUCAUAGAGCUAAUGAUGGUUCCCAAGUGUAUCGUCUCGCCGCAAUCGAAUCGCCCUGUUAUGGGUAUCGUCCAGGAUACCCUCCUCGGAUGUCGCAAGAUCACGGCGAGGGACACCUUCAUAGAAAAGGAUGUCUUCAUGAACAUCUUGAUGUGGUGGGAAGACUUCGAUGGAAAGAUACCCGCUCCUGCCGUACUGAAACCAAGGCCGCUGUGGACGGGGAAGCAAGUUUUCAACCUUAUCAUCCCGAAGCAAAUAAAUCUGAUGAAAUUUUCAGGAUGGCACGCAGAAACAGAGACCGGUUUCAUCACUCCAGGAGAUACCGUCGUUAGGAUCGAGAAGGGGGAGCUUCUCUCGGGCACCCUUUGCCGGAAAACACUAGGGACAUCUCCCGGAAGCCUCAUUCACGUCAUCUGGGAAGAAGUUGGGCCGGAUGCAGCUCGCAAGUUUCUGGGGCACGCGCAGUGGCUCGUGAACCAUUGGCUGCUGCAGAAUGGCUUUAGUAUGGGAAUCGGAGACACGAUUGCCGACGCGGCAACCAUGGAGAAGAUCAAUGAAACGAUAUCAAAAGCUAAAAAUGAUGUCAAAGAACUCAUCAAGCUUGCGCAGGAAAAGCAAUUCGAAGCUGAGCCCGGGCGAACCAUGAUGGAGUCAUUCGAGAAUAGAGUCAACCAGGUUCUGAACAGGGCGCGUGAUGAUGCCGGCAGUAGCGGCCAGAAGAGCUUAUCCGAGAGCAACAACCUGAAGGCCAUGGUUACCGCAGGUUCGAAAGGUAGCUUUAUCAACAUCUCACAGAUGACCGCCUGCGUGGGGCAGCAGAAUGUCGAGGGCAAACGAAUUCCGUUUGGGUUCGUGGAUCGAACGUUGCCUCACUUUACUAAAGAUGACUAUGGGCCUGAAAGCCGCGGUUUCGUGGAGAACUCUUACCUUCGCGGUUUGACACCACAGGAAUUCUUCUUCCAUGCCAUGGGAGGUAGGGAAGGUCUGGUCGAUACCGCCGUCAAGACUUCCGAGACCGGCUACAUUCAGCGUCGUCUUGUGAAGGCGAUGGAGGAUAUAGUGGUUACGUACGAUGGUACCGUGAGGAAUUCUCUAGGGGAUGUCAUUCAGUUCUUAUACGGAGAAGAUGGUAUAGAUGCUGUUUGGAUCGAGUCACAGAAGUUGGAUUCGUUGAGGAUGAGAAAGACAGAAUUCGAGAGCGUUUUCCGGUACCAGCUGGAUGAUGUCCACUGGAAUCCUAGCUACCUGCAGGAGGAGCAUGUCGAGGAUCUGAAAACCAUCCCCGAAUGCAGAGAUGUGUUCGAUGCUGAGGUUCAGAAAUUAGAGGCAGAUCGGUACCAACUUGGCACUGAGAUCGCCACCACCGGCGAUGCCACGAUGCAUAUGCCCGUGAAUCUAAAAAGACUCAUCUGGAACGCACAAAAGACAUUCAAGAUCGAUCCGAGAAGGCCAUCUGAUAUGCACCCGAUGGAGAUCGUGGACGCUGUCGACAAGUUGCAAGAACGGCUGAAAGUCGUUCCCGGCGAUGAUUUUUUGAGCAUGGAGGCUCAGAGGAAUGCGACUUUACUCUUCGGUAUCUUACUGCGUAGCACGUUAGCCAGCAAACGUGUGAUGAAGGAGUACAGGCUUACUCGUGAGGCAUUCGAAUGGGUCAUCGGCGAGAUAGAAUCCCGGUUUGUGCAGUCACUAGUAUCGCCCGGCGAGAUGAUCGGUUGCGUAGCCGCCCAAUCCAUCGGAGAGCCAGCGACGCAGAUGACCCUCAACACUUUCCACUAUGCUGGAGUGAGCGCCAAGAACGUCACUCUCGGUGUUCCCAGGUUGAGGGAGAUCAUUAAUGUGGCCAAGCAAAUCAAAACCCCUUCUCUUUGUGUGUACUUGAAGCCCGAGGUCAGGCACGAGAAAGAGAAGGCUAAGCAGGUGCAAUGUGCACUGGAAUACACCACAUUGCGCAGCGUCACGCACGCAACCGAGAUAUGGUAUGAUCCCGAUCCUAGGAGCACCGUCAUCGAGGAAGACGUCGAGUUCGUCAGGUCAUAUUAUGAAAUGCCGGACGAGGACACUGCUUCCGAAAACAUAUCUGCAUGGCUGCUUCGUAUCGAACUGAAUCGUGAGAUGAUGGUGGAUAAAAAGUUGGCCAUGGCGGACAUCGCAGAGAAGAUCGAUGACGAAUUCGGUGAUGAUUUAAGCUGCAUCUUUAAUGAUGAUAAUGCAGAUAAGCUCAUGCUCCGUAUCCGCAUCACGAACGAUGAUGCACCCAAAGGAGAAGUACAGGAUGAAUCGGAUGAGGAUGACGUGUUUAUGAAAAAGAUCGAGAGCAACAUGCUGACCGAAAUGGCACUCCGCGGCAUCCCUGAAAUCAAAAAGGUUUUUAUCAAGUCAGCAAAAAACAGUAGGUUUAAUGACGAGGAAGGCUUCGAACAAGCUGUGGAGUGGAUGCUGGACACGGAAGGCGUCAAUCUCCUGGCCGUCAUGUGCCACGAAGACGUCGAUGCAACGAGGACCACCAGCAAUCACUUGGUCGAAGUUAUAGAGGUUCUGGGCAUCGAGGCUGUCCGACGAGCUCUCUUGGAUGAGUUGCGUGCGGUCAUAUCGUUCGACGGAUCUUAUGUGAACUACCGCCACUUGGCUAUUCUUUGUGACACGAUGACCUACAGAGGCCACCUAAUGGCCAUCACCCGGCAUGGUAUCAAUCGGAACGACACCGGGCCUCUGAUGAGAUGUUCGUUCGAGGAAACCGUGGAGAUCCUCCUCGACGCCGCUGUGUACUCCGAAGAAGACCACCUUAGAGGAGUCACGGAGAACAUCAUGCUCGGACAGCUCACGCCGGUCGGAACUGGGGCCUGUGCACUGUACUUGAAUGAUCGGAUGUUGCAACAGGCGAUCGAGCUUCCGCUUCCGAGUUACAUGAUGGACGGUGGUGGAUUUGAUUUCGGAACGACACCAUCUGCUUCACCCAAUUAUGCUUGGGCAUCUUAUCACGAGGGAAUGAUGUCCCCGGGUUACUUGCUGAGUCCACAGAUCCGUGCUUCACCCCUCACGACGGCUGCUCAGUUUUCUCCUUAUGUUGCUGGGAUGGCUUUCUCCCCCAGUCCGUCCUUGGAUUAUAGCCCAUCAUCUCCGGGUUAUAGCCCUGCUUCUCCGGCAUAUAGUCCUACCAGUCCUGCUUACUCUCCCACAAGUCCAUCAUAUUCGCCAACAUCUCCCCGUUACAGCCCCGCCUCUCCCAGUUACAGCCCUACAUCUCCCCGCUACAGUCCUCCUUCACCGAGUUACAGCCCUAGCUCUCCAGUUUACACUCCGACAUCACCUAGCUACAGUCCUCCUUCACCGAGUUACAGCCCUAGCUCUCCAGCUUACACUCCAACAUCACCUAGCUACAAUCCUCCUUCACCGAGUUACAGUCCUAGCUCUCCAGUUUACACUCCAACAUCACCUAGCUACAGUCCUACAUCACCUUCCUAUACUCCAAGCUCUCCAUCAUACAGUCCUACAUCUCCCAGAUACAGCCCCAUAUCUCCAAGUUACAGUCCUACCUCACCAAAGUACGGUCCUUCGGUUGCAUGUCCAAGGCUGUCUCCGUCCAGUCAACAUGGUCAAUCAUCUCCAAACUACAGAUCAACUUCGCCAUCGUAUUCACCUGCAUCUCCAUCAUACUCCCCAUCAAGUCCUGUAUUCAGCCCUGACAGCCCGUCCAACUCCGGAACAGGACCGGAAUACAGCCCAAGUUCUCCACAAUACAGUCCGAGUGCAGUCUACUCACCGUCAUCACCAGCUUACUCGACAUCAUCCAGCGACGAGGAUGAAGAAAGCACAGGCUAAUCGGCAGAUGAAUACCAAAUUCUUCUUUGAAAAGGGCUUUGAGACUAGCAACACUAGUCUAUUUGGAGACGGAGAGAGAGAUUCUAGAUUCAGAUAGAAAUCAGGUGGAUAAAAUCCCCUGUAAUGUCUAAGCUUGUCACCCCUUUUUUUCUUGUUGUAUCUAGUUUUGUCUCAUAGAAGCUGAUCCAUUAGGUACUGAUCAAUAUAUAUUUGUAACACUAAGCCUGACUAAUACCCAUGAAUAAUCCUGCACAAUUAUGUC